AUGGCAGGUCCAGCCCUCCCACAAAGGAACCCACGGCGGGACCAGCCACGUGCCGGACAUCGCCCGCACGCCCAUCCCGGGCCACGUGGCGGACAUCGCACACCCAAUCGUCCCGUGCCACAUGGGGGACAUCGCCCACCCGCUCACCCCGGGGCAAGUGGAGGACAUCACCCGCCCGCCCGUCCUGGGGCACAUGGAGGACAUCGCCCGCCCGCCUGUCCUGGGGCACAUUACGGACAUCGCCCGCCCGCCCCGGGACGCAUGGCUGGUCCAGCUCGGCCCAUCCAUCCAAGGGCGAGCGGCGGACAUCGCCUGCCCGCCCCAGGACGCGUGGCCAGUCCGUCCCUCCCAGAGCGCGUGGUGGAUAUCGCCAGCCCGCUCCGGGAUGGCUGGCCCGGCCCAGCCCGCCCGUCCCAGGGCACGUGGCGAACAUCGCCCCCCGCCCAGGAAAGUGUGGCCAAUCCGGCCAGUCCGCCCGACCCGGGGCGCGUGGCGAAUAUCGCCUACCCGCCCCAGGAAGCGUGGCCAGUCCGGCCCAGCCUACCCGUCCCGGGGUGCUUGGCAGACAUUACCCACACGCCCCGGGAUGCAUGGCCGGUCCGGCCCGGACCGCCCGUCCUGGGGUACGUGGCGGACAUCGCUCGCCCGCACAAGAAUGGGUGGCCGGUCCAGCCCAGCCUGCCCGUCCUGGGGAUGCAUGGCGGAUAUGGCCUGCCCGCGACCGGGACGUGGCGGACAUCACCCACACGCCCCAGACGAGUGGCUGUCCGGCCCGGCCUGCCCGUCCCAGGUAGCAUGGCGGACAUCACCUGCCCGCCACGGGAUGCGUGGCCGGUCCAGCCCAGCCCGCCCGUCCCAGGGCGCGUGGCCAUUCAGGCCAGGUCUGCCCGUCCCUGGGCGCAUGGCAAACAUUGCCCGGCCCAUUCCCCCGGGGACGCGUGGCCGGUUCGGCACAGCCUGCCCGCCCCAGGACACAUGGCUGGUCCGGCCCGCGCGUCCUGGAGCACGUGGCGGACAUCGGGGCCCGCCCCCCACCCGUCCCCGUAG